AUGCACCACAUCCAAAUCGUGUCAAGGAUUAGAGAUUUACCUGAAAUACCUCCCUCCGGUUGUCCUAACUUUCGUGGAGUAUGGGAAAGUCUUCGACAGCAUAGGAAGGAUUGCAAUACUAUGCCAAACUCCACACCAAUGGGUAUGGAUCAUCGUCAUUUAGCCAUAUGGAUGUGGACACACAGUCAAUCGCUUACGGAUAACAGUGAAACAUCAAUCGAAUCGGCCACAAGUGACGGGCUUGGUCGGCAACAGGACAAUUCCGAACCAUCGAUCGAUCGUCUAAACACAGCGGGACCUCUUACCGACUGCUCUACGCCCGCCCAUCCGACCAAAUAUGCGUAA